AUGGAUGAUACAGACGCUUUGCAGACGACAAUAUCCCAAAUUCUCGCUCUAUUAAAGCAGACAUCAGCCUCACAAGUGUUCGAUGAAGUCAAUUUCAGCGUGGAAGAGGCAGAACGCUUCUUCGCGCCGAGCCAUCUCGCUACGGAGUUGCUGGAAGCCGAAAGGGCUCUUGUUGAUUCCGUGGACGGCGGCCACGAGCCGUCGUCGCUACCUUGGACUGCAGAGAAAUGA